UUAUUGAAAAUUGUGUGACCAAUGAUGUUUUAUAUUUAUUUUUAAGAAUUGAUUAAAAUUAAUUUUAAUUUAUAUUUUAAUAUUAUUUUUUAGGAAAUAAUGAAUAUUUUAAUUUUUGUGCACACAUCCAAAACUUAAGUAUUUUGAGAUAGAGUAAAAAAUUGGGGUUUUUGCACACACGCAGGAAAAAACUGAGAGUUUGAUCAAAAAAAAAAAAACAGGGAAUUGACUAUAAUAGUCAAUAAGAUGUGACACCAUACCAAACAGUAGAUGUGAUUUCAAACACAUAUUCUCUCUCUCUCCUUUCCUUCAGUUUAUCACCUUCCCGAAGUAGAGGAGAUCAGGAGAUUAGAAGAGGAAUCAGAAGAAUAAACACAGUGUUUGUAUAAUAAAUGGAAGCAAUCAGAAAACAAGCUUCAAAGUUCAGAGAACAAGUGGCCAGACAGCAACAGGCUGUCCUGAGACAGUUUGGGGGAGGAGGUUAUGGAGGUUCAGAUAAUGUAAUAACUGAUGAGGAAGAGUUACAUAGGCAUCAGAAGCUCGAGAAGCUUUACAUCUCAACACGUUCUGCUAAGCAUUUUCAACGGGACAUUGUUCGUGGUGUUGAAGGAUCCAUCGUUACAGGGUCCAAACAAGUAGAAAUAGGUACAAAGUUGUGUGAAGACAGCAGAAGAUAUGGUUCAGGAAAUACAUGUACAAGUGGUAACACACUAACAAGAGCUUCACUUAGUUUCGCAAAUGCUCGCGAUCAAAUGGAGAAAGAGCGCGGAAAUCUCCUGAAGGCUCUUGGCACACAGGUCGCUGAGCCACUAAGGGCAAUGGUAAUUGGAGCUCCAUUGGUUGAUGCUCGACAUUUAGCACAACGCUAUGAACGGAUGCGACAAGAGACUGAAUCUCAGACUAUUGAAGUAUCAAAAAGACAAGCUAAGGUUAGAGAGAAUCCUGGUAAUCCAGAACUAGUAAUGAAGUUGGAAUAUGCUGAAGCAAAACUUCAAGAUCUUAAAUCAAAUAUGACCAUAUUGGGUAAGGAAGCAGCUUCUGCCAUGGCUGCUGUUGAAGAGCAGCAACAAACCCAAACUUUCCAGCGGCUAAUCACUUUGGUUGAAGCAGAGCGUAUUUAUCACCAAAGGAUCCUUGAGAUUAUUGAAAGGCUAGAAGGAGAGAUGAGGGUUGAGCAACAAAGAAUCGAAGGGCCUCAAACUCCACAAGUAGAUAACAUCACAUCUUCGCCUCCUCCUUCAUAUGAAGAAGCUAGUAAUGAAGUCAAUGCUUCUCAUAUGCAUGAUGGAACAUCCGACGCCAUGGGGUACUUCUUAGGAGAGGUCAUGUUUUCGUAUCAAUCUGAUUCAGAGUUUGAGCUUAGCUUAUCGGUUGGAGACUAUGUUGUUAUCAGAGAGGUAACGAGCAGCGGGUGGGCAGAAGGAGAAUGUAAAGGCAAAGCAGGUUGGUUUCCUUAUGACUAUAUCGAGAGAAGGGAUCGUGUGCUUGCCACUAAGGUCAUAGAGGUUAUAUAAUGUCAUUCUUUUGGUGGGUUUUGGUGAUACUUUGGGUCUGGUCAUGUUUCUCUACUUCUUAACUUACAAUAAAGAGCAAACAUAUUUUUUACCACUUUGAUGAA